UGGCUCUCGAGAAUAAUAAAUGAACGAAGUGUUUUGAAUGGAUAAAAUAAUUUGUUUAUCAUUUCAAUGUAAUAUAUAAAAUUGUUUUUUAAAAUUUUCUUAAUGUUGUAAUAUCCUAACCUCCUUAUGUGUGGUAAAUAACACAAAAAGCUAGAUGAAUUUUAAAGCUAAAGUUGUUGUACUUGCUUGCUUUUUGUGGCUUUGUUUCGUUACCGCGUUACCGAAUAAAAAAGAGUAUUGGACAUAUGACAAAUGGCGUAAAUCUUUACCGGUGCAAAAGACUGGUAGUAAAAGAAGUCCGUCGUCUCACCAUCAAAAAUUCAAAGAAAUAAACAUUGACACUAGUAAAUUAUAUCAUGCCUUAGUGAACGCAUUUUCUGAUAAAGAAAACAAUGACAAACCUAUGGUUGCCGAGAGGAGGGGAAAUUUCCCCGCAAUAAUUACCAAAGCUGCUCAGCCGUUGCUACCGCAACAACAAAGACAAUAUGUCAAUGCACCAGUUUCAGCUAAAGCCAGUUCACCAACUAUGGCAGCGUAUGAUCCAUUUUGGUCGAAUCAAGCAUGGGCAAAAGAUACCAAGGUUACAGCUCCUGCUAAUAAAGUCGUCCCACCUGUUGCUUCAAUGAAUACGUUUUCACCCCCUGCUCCACCACAACCUCCUCCUCAUUCACCACCACCUCCUCCAGCGCCUCCACCUCGACCUCCUCCGCCACCACCUUCUCGCCCUGCACCACAACCAGCCGCUGUUAAACCACCGAAAAUAGCUACACCGCAACGAGUAGCGUCUGCCCAACGUGCAGCUACACCACAUGUAGUAGCUCCGCCGCACCAUGCACCAGCACCACAACGAGUAACUGUACCAGCGUCUCCUCCUUCUGCACCAACUAAUUUUAAAUCGGUAUAUCCACCAGCACCACCUCCAGCUAGUUAUAUUGACGUGCCACAAUUGCCAGCUUCUCCUGCUUCCAGUGGAUUCGACGUACAAUCUUUUGAUGCUGAAGUUGUUCCUGAUGGUAAGGGUGGUAUGAAAAUUGUAGACGUGGCUAAGAAAGAAGAAAAAACAGCUCGUGCAUUAGCAAAUGAUAAGAGACCAAGUGUAGAAACCGUGAUCAACAACCCUCGUAAUACGCCUGACAAGAGUGUGCCAGUGACAGAGCAGAAAAUAAAAACACCAAACGCUGCUUCUAAAAGAGUUUAUUCACUUGGAGACCAUGUCUUCUCUGAUGUGGGCUGCUACCUAGACAAAUGGAUUAGAGCAAUUCCAACCUUAGAAGGAAACCAUCCCUUAUUGAUGGACUCGGAUUACAAAUCUAGGUCAGAUCCGCUACAGAAGUGCGCAGAAGCUUCGUUGGAUAAAGGUUUCAAAUUAUUCGCGCUGCAGAAUGGUGGUCAAUGUUUUGCAGGAACAGGAGGAGAAAACAGAUAUAAUGUAUACGGGACUUCUCCUAAUUGCAGAGAUGAUGGCUUAGGAGGAGGCUGGGCAAGCGAAGUUUACAUGUUCAACGAUGAGACUAAACCUGUGCAGCCACCAAAACGAGUGGUAGCCACAAAUAAGGAUGACAUGCCCGAUAUAUCAUUUGAUAAAAGCGAUGAAGAGGAUUAUGAUAAAACUUUACUACAAGAAGAACAGGAUUUGAGUGAAUCUGAUGACAAACCAAUGAAAUGGAAGAAGAAGAAUUCCCCAACCACUGAAUUUAAAGGGGUUCUUGGCAAAAUAAUAAACAAGGUAAAAGAAAACAAAGAUAAGAAGGCGGAAAAAGACGCGAGAACUGUCGAUGAAGGAGAAUCGUUAAAAGCAGUAAAGGAAUUAUUUAAAGGAAUGAAGGAAAAAAAUGAGGAGAUUAACAAACACAAUCAGAAAUUAGUAGUGAAAGACGAUUCUAAGAAUUCCUUGAUAAAAGAGGAGACCCCGAUAUCUAAUGCCAGUGUACUUGCACCAAAAGUUAAAAACACGACUUCGGUUUUGAAGGAGGAAAAUAAAGCAGUAAAUGCUGAGGAAAGUCUCAAAAACAUAUCUGUAAAAGACGAUUUUACGAAGACUUAUCCCUUAGGAUCUUCUGUAGCGAAAGGACAGAAACCUCCAUGUAUUUGUCCAGACAAAAUUUGUACGUCAAAACUUGACCUUGCAUUUGUCAUCGAUGCUUCUGCUGGCUCCGAGCAAGGCGGUAAAGACAAAAUGGCGGAAACUAUGGAGUUUGGACGUAGAGUUGCGUCCGCAUUUAAAGUUGCACCAGAGGAGUCUCAUGUUGGUCUUGUUACAUACGCCACUGAUGCGCAAAUCAUGAUGAACUUUCACAGAUUCAGUGAUCCGGAGGCAUUAACAGAAGCACGAGAUGCAGUCCGGGUUAAACCACACACCGGAAAAUACACCGGACAAGCUCUAACUUUAGCAAAAGAAGGUCUUUUCGACACCGGUCAUCGAUCUGAUGCACUCGAUGUUCUUGUAUUAAUGACAGAUGGCCCAUCAAGUGACGAUAUUACCGAGCCAGCCAGAAAGCUUCGAGAUAUGGGUGUUAAAAUUAUCACUGUUGGUAUUGGACCACAAAUUGAUAAAGCUCAAUUGAACGAGAUUGCAUCCGAUCCAGAUGAAGAACACGUGUUUACCUCUGACUAUGAUAAUUUAGCAUCCAUUAUUCGGAGAACACAGAAAGCUUCGUGUGUAGGUGGUAACUUAAAAGAUCCAAUCCAAUCUUGUAAAUGCGAAUCAAACACUGAACCGGACAGUGAGACUGCUGCGUUUUUUAAUGUGUACCAAGCGUCUGUGGAAACACCUACUUACACCAAUGAAAUUAGAUACGACACUAUACCAAAGCCAGAUGAAGAAAAUAUUAAGAAAUAUCGCAAAGAUAUGAUCAAGUAUUCCAGUCCUAAAGAUUUUAUCAAGACAGGGAGCCCACGUGACCUCCCUCUGGACAACCCACAUCCGAAAGAGAGAGAUUCUUCUCCUCUCAUCGAGUUAACUCAUCAAACAGGACACUCAGCUGCUGACUCUGUGGAAGUCUCCACUCCACCACAGGAAGCAGCAGAGCUACAAUCAAACCCGGAGGAUAAUGUACUACCAAGUCGAUUGAGUAACCUACAAAGUUACCGGCUAAAAGACUCACCGAAGCAAAAAACCGGCGAAGACGAAGUAACAAAAACGAAAAGUGAGGAUUCGGCCAGUAGCUUAUACAACAGCGUGUUGAAUAGCGCUCAAGAGGAUUAUUCACCGGUUGAUAUUAAAGCUGCACGUUUAAAAGAAAAUGAGAAAUUAGUAAGCGAAUAUGUCGAAUCGCAUAAGCCAAUUAUAAAACAAAUGUCCGAGGACAAUGAGAAAAAAGUUGAUGUAGAAGAACGUGGCAAUGAAAAUUCAGAAAACUCCGCGGAGGAGAAAUCUUCCCAGAAAUCAAGUGAAUUAUUAGACGACCACUUCCCCGCCAAUACAGAAGGCAAAAUCCAUUUAACGGAGGAAGAGCAACUACUUGGUAAUCAUAAACCAAAAGAACAAGCUGGAGGCUCACAUCAAUUGCCUUUAGAGACGAUGCAAAAGCAAGUUGAACCUGCUCAAUACAGUUCACAUCAAAACGCAAAUGACUACGAAGAACACGCAAACCAAGAAGCUGGUCGUACGAAAGAAGGAAGCCCAGACAGUUCUCCUUUAAUGUAUCAAGAUAAAGAUUAUAACAAGGAAGCUAGCGAAAAAUCCAUGCAGCAGCAAACCUCGUAUGGCAGCGAAAAUCAUUUUUCACAUGAACCAUCGCGUGAAAAGCAACAAAGUGAUGGAAAAACUGAAAGUGAUAAGAGUAAAGGCUAUCACGAAGAAAAAGAUGAAAAGGAAGGGUACAUUUCCAAAGAGAAGGAAAAAAACAGGCAGAAAGAAGAUUUGAAGGAAAAGUUUAAUGAAAAAGUGGACGACAAAAAAGAAAGGGAAGAUUAUGGACGUUUUAGUGCCCAGAAGGAUGAUAAAGAAGACAGGAAAGAAAAGGGAAAUUUUACAGGAAACAGAAUUAAUGAAGAAAGUAAGGAGGAAAAUAGUAGAGAAAAUAGCAAAGAAGAAGGAAAGAAGCCUUACAAGGAUGAACAAAAGCCGAAGAAAAUAACGCCAGAUGUAGAUUUUUCCAAGGAAAGUUCUAACACUGGCAACAGAGAUGAAAAAGAGAAAAAGCUUUCUUCAAAUAAUCCUGCUAAUGAAAAUGAAAAGGAACAAAAAUAUAAGGGAGCUGAUCCGGAGAGGGAAGAUAAAUACAUGAAAGCUGCUCCCCAGGAGAAUCAUGAUACGUUUGUCCAUGAUGAACAAUCUAAACCAGCUACCUCUUUGCAGUCUCCCAGUAAUGAUCGUGACAGUCACAACGAAGAUAGUACUGCAAAAGUUAACGAGCAUCAAGAAGAAGAACACGGGCACGUAAAUCAUAUGGGAGGAGUUGGACUAAACCCAGACUUUGCCUCGUAUAAUUUAAUAAAACAACCUAUCCACCAUGUAAAUGAAGCACAAUCUCAGGAAAUAAUGGGAUUAAAAACGCAGCAACUUUCUGCUGAUGAUCAACAGCAACUCCAUGCCAUACAAGCAACCUUAAUGAAUUCAGACACACAGUAUAUGAAUCAAGGAACAGAAACCCCUCCUAAACAAAUGCCAGUUGGCGACCAUCCAGAUGCCUCUGUUGGGCCUCAGCAUGGCGAGGAAAUGCAGAGAAAGACUGAGCAUUUCGCUGAAGCAAGUGAUAAAUUUGAACAUGAAAAUGACAGACUAGGUUCUUCUUCUUCUUCUUCGGAUGUGUCUACAAUAAGAGGAAAUUCUGUUAAAUUUUCCAGCCAAGACAUAAGAAAUGGUAGUAUGACUAACAAACAAGAGGUAAGUUCAUAUCACUCUAAAAGCGACAUGAAACCCGCCUAUGAAAGAGUAGAUGAUGAAGAAAGACGUAAAUCUCAGAAGGAUAGUAACAAAAACUCAUUCGACGCUCCAGUGCCAUCGUCAAGCAAAAUUACAGGAUCAUUUGGGCAUGAUGGAGAAAAUUUCCAUCCCAUUGCAGGUAACAAGGACAUUGAAAAAGAGACGAAAGUAAUUUCAAAAACCAUGGAACAAAUAGCUGACAAAGAGUUGCCACCUGUUCAAUAUAAUCGCAACAAGGACACUGAUUCAGAUAAAAGUGAUGCCGGUUAUCAAAAGCAGUCUCAGUUGCACAAUAGCAAUGAUAAGCCAUUUAAAGGUGAAAAUUCAGAAAGAGAAAGUAACAAUGAACCUUCAGGACAUUCGUAUAACACCGGUGAGUCCGGAUACCAAUUUAAUAACAAUGGUCAGUACGGAUACCCAAAUAGUAACAGUCAACCUGGAAAAUCGAAUGAUAAAGGUCCUUCCGGUUACAUGAACGGUGAUAAUGGUUAUUCUGGUUAUCAAAAUAGUUAUAACGGUCAAACCAGUUACCGCCCUGGUAAUAACAAACAAUUUAAAAAUCCAUCUCAAGAAAACGAAAAAGAAACAAUGAAUUCUAAAAGUGAAAAAUUUAAAGAAAAAGAACAAAGCAAAUCAACAAAUGAAAAUCAAGAUGAUGAUAAGAAAUACGAUUCGCAAAAACAUGCCGGCUAUCACGACGAAGAAGAAGAAGAUAAAAAGAACAAGAAGAAGGAAAAUCAAAAGGAAAAGGAAAAGUUAAAGUAUAAAAGUGAUGAUGAUGACAAAGACGAUGAUAACGAAAAACUUCUUCUUAAAGGUAAAAAUAAGCAGAGACCAGAAUCCAAUCAAUACCAUGACUCUAGCAACAUUGAUAAACAACAGAAUGAGCCACAUGGCCAAAAUAGACAGUCCGAAGGAGGGCAAUUAAACUAUAAUGGUAACACAGGAGAACGAUUUUCAAAUUACGGCCAAAGUCCCAAGGGGGACAAUAAAGAUCAAGGGCCAAGUAAGGAAGAUUAUAAAGAAAAAUCGUCAUCUCGUGAAGAUGAAAGAAAGCAAAGCUCGUAUCAAAGCGUUUCGCACGAAAACGAGCGAGAAGAGAAUUUUUAUCACAACGGGAAAUCAUCUCAAAAUGAGAACGACGCGGAUAAAACUAAAGGCAACACAAUGGAAGGGAAGCAACAAUACUCUAGCGAAAAUGAUUCAAGGAAAGUUCGCUAUCAUGACGAAAACGAGCAUGAUGCGAAAAACGAGAAGGAACGUGAUCGGUAUAACGAAAGAGAUGAAAAAUCUGAACAGCGAUUUAACAGUGGACAUGAAAACAAAAACGCAGGCUACAGCAAUCCUAAUGACUAUCAACGAAAUGAAGGCAUGCCUUCCCAAGACAAUACGAACAAUGAAAGUAACAAUAAUCACAAUCAUAAUGAUCAUCAUAACCAACACAGCGAAGGAGUGCAAGGUUCAGAGCGAAGUGGACCUAACUUAAAGGAUGGUAAUCUCCACGAAGACAUAAGGGAACCGUUGUAUGAAAUGCCUAUCUCUAGGAAUGAUAGGAAUAAUGAGUUAAGUCAUGCUGGAGAAGCACAGUACACCAAAGCAAGGAUUGAUGAAUACAACAGAUUGAAGCUAAUGUCUCACCACCAAGAUGGUAAAACAGUGGAUGAAGCAAACGAAGGUGAUAUACGGCCAUCGAAUAACAACCAGGUAUCUGAAGAUGAAGACAAAAAGCUCAAUCAUCAAGAAAGUGUUGAAAGUAAUCGUAAAAAAAUGUUGUCUUUUGUUAAAUCAAAAGAUGAACUUCAGAAUGAAAAACAUAAGGUUGGCGAUGAAGCAACCAAAAGGAAUUCCACAGAUGAACCAGAUGCUUCAGGAAGUUACGUCAACGAUACUAGUGAAGGUUAUCCAGAUAUUGAGGAAACUGCUAAAGAAGAUGAAGUGGCACAACUAACUGAAAACGCUGAUGGUCAUCCAGAAGUGGUUUACAAACCUCAAGACAACAUGGUAGGCGAUAGCGUGGCGAAACAUCAAAUAACUCACAAGGAUAACGAAGAGGCUGCCUCUGGAAAGAUAAUUUCACCUAGUGAUAAUAGAGCUACCAAGAAGGAUAACACGGAAAAUAAAGGUCUUCUGACCAUGGAUCCCUUCCUUGAUGCGGUCCAUUAUUGGCCAUUUGAAAUAUCCCACUCAGUUCUUACAACUGAUAUUGUAACUGGACACAAUGCUAUCCUGAUGGAAAGUGCCGAAAUUCGAAAAGAUGAUGAUUUUCAGGAGUAUGUCUCAACGGAGAAAAAUGGUUCCUAUAUUAUAGCUGGGGAUUUUAAAGGAACCUGUUUCAGUGAUCCAUCUAAAUGCAUUAUGGGUGGCAUGACAAUAUCCUUUUGGACUAGACUUGACGAGUCAAAAAUUAGGCCAGAUCAAGAUGCAUAUAUUAUCAGUAGCGGAGGCCAAUCUAAGAAAUCACGUGGUUUUGCUUUCUUAUAUUUCCAUGGGGAAUAUGUCGCUUGCCUUAGCACACAGGACAGACAGUGGAAGAUGACGAUAAAGGAACUGCCGCUUAAAAAAUGGAUUAAUAUAGUGUUUGUAUGGAAAAGUAAAGGACAGUUAACGUUUUACUUGAACGGAGAAAAGAAACAAAGCGUUGGUGGAAACGCAACCUCCAGACCAUCAGUGAAAUACACCAUUUUAACAAUCAGCCGACCUAACAAUGCUGUCAAUUCUGAUUUCAUGUUUCCUGUGAGAAUAGGAUGUUUAGCGUUGUGGGAUAGACCCUUGACGUCUUCCAAAAUUAUAAAUAUUUAUGAUAAUAUAAAAAGACUUCACCUUAUGGAUCCUGCAUUAAAGCGUAAAAGAAGUCGCAUGUAUAAAAGAUCGAAACUGACCAAAUUAAAAGACCAUGCGCAUUUAUUGGAAAAUGAGAAAUAGAUUUUCCAUUUAUAUAUGUAAAAAGCAGAACAGUUAAAGACAAAUGAGAGAGAGUAUAGUCUUUUAGAAGGCAACCUAUAACGGAGAUGUAAAUACUGAGAAAAUCAUUAGCUUGUGUUCUCCAUACACGUGUUCAUAAAUCAUUAUACGGUAUAAUGAAAUGGCUGGCACAUAAAUAACAUCCUUGUCGAAGUGUGGCAAAAAUUAUCACGUAAGAAACUGCACGACAAACAUCUGUUAAACACUUUUGGUUAGCACACAUAAUGUUGCACACUGAAUUCAAUUCGUCGCAGAAUCAGCUGCCGUUUUGAAAUCCAUGGUGAAUUUUUACAACAUGUUACCGACGGAUGUGAGAAUAAUUCAUAUCUGAUCUAUUUCUGUCGUAAGGAAUAAGAAAAUUGGUUUUUUAUAACCAACUGAGGGUUCAUUAUUGACGUGCAGUAAAAUUUAUAAACUGCUUUGCACAUAUAAUUUAUACAUAGUCGUUUUUAUAAAUCUUUUGUAUGAUUUUUUAAACUAGAAAAGAGAGAAAGUUAUAGUUUUAUAUGUAAA